CCCUCACUGAGUCUUGUAUCUGUGGUGUAUCUGUGCCAAGCUGCAUUUCCACUGGAGCCCCUUGUUGGCCUCAGCUGACUGGAGCAUUUCUCCUCCCCAGCCCAUUCUCAAUCAGCUGUACUCAUCCCCACAAGAAAGUGUGAUCCUAUCUUUAGAAAUAGCUCUGCCCAGCCCCUGCCUUCUCAGCCCCUCCCUGGCAUCCCAUGCUUGGUUGGUUUGUUUAAUGGCUUUAUUGAAAUACUGCAAAAAAAAAAAAAAGCAUGAUUCACAUCCAUUUAUUCAAGUAUACAAUUCAGUGAUUUUUAUACAUUCAGAGUUGUGUACUCAUUACCACAGUCUAAUUUUAGAACAUAUUUAUCACUCCAGAGAGAAACCCCAUACCUCUUAGUGGUCAUUCUCCAUGCUCCCAUCCCUCGGCAACCACUAACCUGCUUUCUGUCUCUGUAGAUUUGCCUAUUCUGGACAUUUCAUAUGAAUGGAAUCAUACAAUAGGUGGCCCUUUGUGUCUAGUUUUCUAGGUUCAUCUGUUUUGUAGCAUAUGUCAAUACUUUAUUCCUUUUUAAAGCUGCAUAACAUUUCAUUUUAUCCAUUCAUCAAUUGAUGGACGUUUGGGUUGUUUCUACUUUUUGGCUGUUACGGAAUAUGUGUGUACUAGUUUUGUAUGGACAAAUGUUUUCAUUUCUCUUGGGAGAUACCUAGGAGUAGAAUUGCUGGAUCAUUGGAUAACUGUGUUUAACCUUUUGAGGAACUGCUGUACUGUUUUCGAAAGUGGCUGCACUAUCUUACAUUCCCACUAGCGAUGAGGGUUCGAGUUUCUCCACAUCCUAACCAAUGCUUGAUAUUGUCCACCUUUUUUGUUAUUAUAAUCCUAGUGGCACCAGUAAACUGGUAUCUCAUUUUGGUUUUGAUUUGCAUUUCCCGACAGCUAACAGUGCUUUUCCCAUGCUUAUCACCCAUUUGUGUAUCUUCUUUGGCAUCUUGUGGUUUUCACACAGGGCAUUUAACACUGUUCUUCAAGGCAGCCCUUGCCCAUCUGAGCUUUUGCCUGGAAUGAGCCAUUGCUCUAACCCCUUCCCACCUUGACUAACUCCUCCACAUCCUUCAAAACAGGCUGAAACAUCCCUUCCUUCUCUAGGACAGUGUCCUUGCCCCUCCCCUGGGCUUCCAGUAGGUUCUAACCAAAGCUCUUUUCACAGUGUCUACCUGUUGUCCAACAAUUUAUCUCUUUGUUACCCUCAGUAAACUCUGAAUUAUUUAAGGGCAGGAACCUUGUCAUAUCCUGACUUUGACAUUUAUGUUGACAUUGAGCAAGUUACUUAACUCUAAAAGGGAGAUGCUAAUGGUACCUACCCUGUGGUAGAAGCAGUGAGAACUAAACCAGUUAGUACAUGGAAAGCAUGUAGAAUAGUACCUGGCACAAAGCAACCUGGAUCUGUUUAUUGGGUUAACAAGCAUUUGCUGAGUGCCCCCAGUAACCAGCAACUGUCACAGAUAUUGGGGUACAGCAGUGGAGAUCACGGACCAAAAUCCUGCCCUUCAUGGAACUGUUGUUCUAAUGGGGAGACAGACAACAAACGAGGUCUGUAAAUGGAAUAUAUUGUAUUUCAGAUGAUGCUGGGUCCUAAGGAUAGCUGGGGAAGACCUCACUGAGUAGGUGACGUUUUAGCAAAGACCUGAAGGAGGUAAGGGAGUGAGCUAUGGGGCCAUCAGAGUGUUCCAGAGAGAGAAAACAGCAAGUGCAAAGACCCUGAGACAGGAGUGCUUUAGGCGUGUGUGCAGAACAGCAGGAAGGCCUGUAGGGCUGGAGUGGAGUGAUGGAGGCAAAGGGUGGUUAGAGAUGGGGGCAUCUUUUGGCUGUUGGGAAUAAUGCUGCUGUGAAUGUUUGUGCACAAGUUUUUGUCUGACUACCUGUUUUCAAUUCUGGUAGCUUUUCCUUCAUCACAUUUAUAACACUGGGUUUUUGAGGACGGGUGGCCAUGCCAUAUUGUCUUUGUUUGCCCAGCCCAAGGCCUGUCCUGUCCUAAGUCUCAGUGGAUGUUUGUUGACUGAAUGAAUGAGGGAUGUUUGUUGACUGAAUGAAUGAGGUAUGUUUGUGAAUUACCCAACACGUGCUGGCAUACAGUGGCGCUGAAUGGUUGGUGCUUUUAUCAUUAUUUUUUUUUAAUGCAGUUCAUAUAUCAGGUUGGCAAUACUUUCCUAAUUUCAGGUGCUGGCAGGUUGUAGGGAAAUGGUUGUCUCAGGCACCACCAGUUAGAAUAAAAGCACAUACAGGCAAGUUGGAGGGCAGUUUGGUUGUCCCUAGCAAAACCAGAAUGCAAGUACCUGUGGCCAGCAGUUCUUCUGGGAUCUGCCCUGGAAGAGUGUCUGUGCCUGUGCCCGAGAAAGCAUGAGUGAGUAUGCUUGUUGCAGUAUUGUUUAUAAUAAAGAAAAAAUCGGGAGCAUUCUAAAUGUCCAUCAGUAGAGGCGCGGAUAAAUAAAAUGUGGUCUAGUCACACUGCGGACUGGUUUACAGCAGCUAGAAGGAGAGGAAAACCUGUUGGAAACGCUACAAAUUGUGGAGUGACACAUGCAGUGUGAUCCCCUGUGUAGUAGAGAAAACAUAUGUAUAAAGUCAUUUCCUCUGGCUAUGAACGUACACAUGAGCACGUAGAUAACAGAUACACAGCGACUUUUAACCGGGCUACCUCAUGGGUGUGGGGACCAGGAUCAAGGAUAGUGAUCAGGGGGUGCUUAGCUUUGUUGGUGGUGGCCAAAACAAUAUUUUAAAGAGAGGACUGAUGUAUUGAUUGUGUAGUUAAAAUUUAAAUGUUAAAAAUGCAGUUAGGGGGACUUCCUUGGUGGUCCAGUGGAAAAGACUCUGCUGCGCUUUCACUGCAGGGGGCACAGGUUCCAUCCCUGGUCAGAGAACUAAGAUCCCACAUGCAGCACGGCCACACACACACACACACACACAAAAUGCGGUUAGGUAGAGGGGGGGGAAAUAUCUUUCAGCACAAGAGAAGGAAACAAAACAGUUUUUGGCAAAAAAGGUAAGGGAUCCAGUACCUGAGUAAUCCUCAGAGCUCGUCCAGUCCUAUUAUUUUAUAUUAAGAGUGGUUCUAGAAUCUUCCUUAAAAAUCUACUCCUCUGGUUGUUUCCUGACUUUUCCACACACGUCUAACCUGAUUCGUUUUCCCCAUGGGGAAAUUUGCUGUUUGUCCCACCACCUGAGCUCCUUCAGGUGCAGGUUUGGGCCUCAGGAGUGAGAAGGAGAAUGUAAUUGCUCGUUAGCCGUGAGGUGAGUUCUUGGGGUAGAGAGAGUAUUUUCCAGUGAAGGAAGGAAGAAGAGGGAUGGCUGAGAACCUCUGAGUCCAAGAAAUAUUUAGGUACUAGCUGGAGGCAACCCCGAGGAGCAAACAGCUGAGGGGUGCAAGGCAGUUCCCCUGUGAGAGUAUUUCCUCCUCCAUCCAAUGAGGACAAUAAGCGUACUUAAAAUGACUUCUACAGUAUAGUCAGUGAAGAAAGAAGAGUGCAGAAUAGUGCUUCUGGCACAUGCAGCCUUUUGUGUACAACGGGGAGAUUGCAAACUGCAUUUACUUAAACGCAUUGAAAAAAAAAAAAAAAUCUCUGGAAAGGGACUUCCCCGGUGGCACAGUGGUUAAGAAUCCGCCUGCCAGUGCAGGGGACACGGGUUCAAGCCCUGGUCUGGGAAGAUCCCACAGGCCGCGGAGCUACUAAGCCCACGUGCCACAGCUACUGAGCCUGCGCUCUAGAGGCUGCGAGCCACAACUACUGAGCCUGUGCGCCUAGAGCCCUUGCUCUGCAACAAGAGAAGCCACAGCAAUGAGAAGCCCACGCACCGCAACGGAGAGUAGUCCCAGCUCACCGCAACUAGAGAAAACCCACGCGCAGCAAUGAAGACCCAACACAGCCAAAAAAUAAAUAAAUUUAUUUAUUUAUUUAUUUUUAAAAAGAAAAAAAAAAUCUCUGGAAAGAGGCACAAGAAACUUAAAAGCUUGUCUCCAGUUUAAGAAAGAUAGCUGUGCGGAGCAGGGGAGGAUCACAGAGACCGUGGAAUUCCCUCUUGUACCUUUGGAACAUAGAACCAUGUGAACAAACUAUCUUUGCACAAAAAGAAUUUAAUUUUCAUUUUAAAAAAUGACCAGUAUGUCAUUGGGUGGGUUGGGAAUUGGAACACGUGUGACACUGUCUCUUGGGCAGUUAGUAUGCAGGGACAUUUAGGGAUCAGUUCAUGUGACCAGGACAGGCAGUGAGGCUUUCCAUAUCCUUUCCCCUCCCCACAGCAGACAGACAGACACGCCUCCUGUUUGUCUGUCCAGACAGGUCUCUGAUGCUUAACAUGGGUUCGUUAUAUUGAUACCUGGGAAGGUGAGAAGCCUGCAGUGUGCCCGUCCACAGGGAGGAACAGGCCCGAGGAAAUUAGGACCAGAACCCCAGGCAGCUUAAGGAGGUGAGAGGGCAGUUGAAAACUGCAUCUACCUGGUCUCUGUCCCACCCUCCCAGUUGGGGAUGCCUUGUGCUGUGGGAGAGAGAUGGCCUUUACAUGGACGGGAGCACUGAGGUUUCCCUGCUGCAGACUGGCUUAGAAAAGCCUCUCUGCCCCUCACUGGGGCUCCGUUUCCUGCACCUGGGGUUGGCCGGGCUCACCAGGCAGGGUAGUUGUGUAAGAGCCAGACAGAGUGGCCCAGGUCACCACCAGCCCCCGCCAGGCGACUGCUGGCAUCUUGCCCCACCCCACCUUCCAGCAACCUGGGCGAGUCUUUCAAAACGUAAAUCAGAUCAUGGAACUUCAGAACUCUAUCGUGGCUUCACACCGCACACUGGUCUGGCCACACUGGCCUCCUCGCUGCUCUGGAGCCUGAGACUCUGCCUUGUCUAAGGUCUGGUUGGCAAGCUGCUCGUCGCUGAUCAGCUGAUUUCCAUUCUUUUUUUUUUGCUGUACGCGGGCCUCUCACUCUUGUGGCCUCUCCCGUUGAGGUGCACAGGCUCUGGACACGCAGGCUCAGCGGACAUGGCUCACGGGCCCAGCCGCUCUGCGGCAUGUGGGAUCUUCCCGGACCGGGGCACGAACCCGUGUCCCCUGCAUCGGCAGGCGGACUCUCAACCACUGCACCACCAGGGAAGCCCUGAUUUCCAUUCUUGAAGGGCAGGCUCUCUGGGCUUAUCCGUUCCCUGAGGUUUAGAGGGGUUUUCUUUGACUCAAAGGAGAGUAGGGGAUCCGAUUCAAGAGAGAUUUAAGAAGCAAGAGUCAGGGUCUCACAUGUUGGUGAGACAACCUAGAGGAGAUGAUGGUGGGGGGCAGGGGACAGGGAGUUCCUGCACUGACACAGCAAAGGUACCGGCUGGGCCGGGCCAGGAUGGGCCUUUGAGCCUCAACGGGCAUCACAUUUCCCCAGGCAGGGCCGCGUUCAGCAGCGCUGGGCUGGGCUGAUGACGACCAGGGGCAGCGGUUCCCUCAGUCUCUGAUUUCCUGCCUUGUCUCUCCCAUGUCUUCUCCCCUCCUCUGGUCUCUCUGAGCCCGUGGCCACACUUCCUCCAAGUCUUAAAUAAAUAGCUAAUUCCAAAGGGAAAACGUAGUUGGUACAGACAGCUCCUGUCCUUCCUGGGUACUGUCUGGGCUCAGCGUUGUUGGCAGCCACCAGGUGGCUGUGGCCAGAAUGCUGGGAGCGGUUGCUCCCGUCACUUCCCAGAACCGCAUUAAUAAGUUAACAUUUCCUGGGUCCCGAGAAUACACCAGACAUGGUGCUAAGUGCUUGACACGGAUUAGACCAUUUUAUCUUCACAGAGACCGUAUGAUUCUGGAGCUGUCAUCCCCUUUUUUCAGAUGAGGAAACUGAGGCCCGGGGGAUGAAUUUAGAACUAAGAUCCCAGGGCUAGGAGUGGAGGAGUGGGCGCUCGGGCUGACAGGCUGCAGCGCCCACUUCUCGUUGCUGGGCUGUGUCCUGCCGGGCGACUGGCAGAAGAGGUUGGGCAAAGUCCUCUGUCCGCAGAGCUCACGGAAGUGCAUGGGCUGGACUUCUCGUGACCGCUGCAGGCCUGCUGCCCUCCUCCCGGCCCAUCAGUGGACUAGACAGACCUGGGCCCCAUUAAGGAGCUGUGGGACAUGGAGUCCUUUGGCUGGAUUUGUUGCUGCCCCAAAUGAAACAGAGUUUCUGUUAUGAAGGAAGCGGGUGGAUGUGGGGCAGCUGCCUCUGCCCCGGGGGAUGAGCCUCGUGGUGGGAGAGUCACUUCUGAGGUUGCAGACACCGGUGGAUUUGCUUUGGGAGCCGGAGUAGCUGCUGCCACCAGAGUCUGGAGCCAUGAGCGGGUUUAAUUUUGGAGGCACUGGGGCCCCCACAGGCGGGUUCACCUUUGGCGCUGCAAAGACAGCAACAACCACGCCUGCUACGGGGUUUUCUUUCUCCACGUCUGGCACCGGCGGGUUUAAUUUUGGGACUCCCUCCCAGCCAGCCGCGAGCACCCCUUCCACCAGCCUGUUCUCACUCACCACCCAGGCUCCGGCGACACAGACCCCAGGAUUCAGUUUUGGAACCACAACUCCUACAGCAGGAGCAACCGGAUUUUCCUUAGGGAUCAACAGCCCAAAGCUAAACUUGAGCGGCACAGCUGCCACCCCAGCCACGACGCAGCCCAGCGGCUUUGGGCUCGGCGGCAGCACCCUCACCAAUGCCAUCUCGAGCGCCGUCACGUCAGCCCAGGGCACGGCGCCCACCGGCUUUGUGUUUGGUCCUACCACCACGUCUGCUGCUCCGUCCACCACACCUGGGGGCUUCUCGUUCACGGGUGGAGGCACGUCCCAGACCGGGACCUCCGGCUUCAACAUUGGCUCCAUGGGGAGUUCGGCCCAGCCCACGGCCCUCACCGGGCUGCCCUUCACACCGGCCACGCCAGUGGCCACUGGAGCAGGGGCCACACAGCCGGCUGCUUCCGCACCCACCGCCACUACCGCCAGUGCUGGGCCCUCGCUCUUUGCCUCGCUGGCAAACGCUCCAGCCUCGUCUGCUGCCACCGGGCUCUCCCUUUGUGCCCCAGCCACCACGGCAGGGACGCCUGGAGUGGGGACGUUGGGCUUCAGCCUGAAGGCCCCUGGAGCAGCUUCCACCACCUCCACGGCAACGACCACCACCGCCACCACUGCCACCACCGGCUUCUCCUUGAAUAUAAAACCACUGGCUCCAGCUGGGAUCCCCAGCAACACAGCGGCCUCCGGGACCACCCCAGCCGGCCCCAGUGCAGCCACCGGGGUGUCCGCCAGCCCCGCGAUGACCUACGCCCAGCUGGAGAGUCUGAUCAACAAGUGGAGCCUGGAGCUGGAGGACCAGGAACGGCACUUCUUACAGCAGGCCACGCAGGUCAACGCCUGGGACCGCACGCUGAUCGAGAACGGGGAGAAGAUCACCACCCUCCACCGCGAGGUCGAGAAGGUGAAGCUGGACCAGAAGAGGCUGGACCAGGAGCUUGACUUCAUCCUGUCUCAGCAGAAGGAGCUGGAGGACCUGCUGAGCCCGCUGGAGGAGUCAGUCAAGGAGCAGAGCGGGACGGUGUACCUGCAGCACGCCGACGAGGAGCGAGAGAAGACCUACAAGCUGGCCGAGAACAUCGAUGCACAGCUGAAGCGCAUGGCCCAGGACCUCAAGGACAUCAUCGAGCAUCUGAACACGUCAGGGGGCCCCGCCGACACCAGCGACCCGCUGCAGCAGAUCUGCAAGAUCCUCAACGCGCACAUGGACUCGCUGCAGUGGAUCGACCAGAACUCGGCCCUGCUGCAGAGGAAGGUGGAGGAGGUGACCAAGGUGUGCGAGGGCCGCCGCAAGGAGCAGGAGCGCAGCUUCCGCAUCACCUUCGACUGAGCCACUGCCCCGAGGGUGCACAGCGGGGCUGGGGACAUGCAGUUACUGUCCCAUUUGGGGUUGCAGUGAAAUACAUGUUUCUUUCUUUCUUUCUUUCAAACAGUCGUGCUGUUGAGAGAACUGUUCUGUGGUUAGACUUUCCACCUUAGCGAAUAGAAAGGAUUCUCAGAGCGCCGGUCCAGGCAGCAGCCUCACAGGUGUGGUGUUUGUGUGUCCUAGACUCUCUCCAUCUACUACAACCACCCACCUCCAAGAGCUGGAGAAGCACUGAGCUGCCUGCGAACCACUUGUCUCCCAGCCGGGGUGCCACGUGGCCACCCUGUCCAACACACAGUCGUAGGUGCAGGGAGAAAAGACUACGGUUGAAGAAUCUCCAUCCUCAAGGAGCCAGCAGCCUGGUAUAAGUGUAACCAGUAUAGAGAAGUGACUUGUGAAUGGAACGGACAGUGGGACCUAGAAUUUCAAAGGAGGAGAGAUAGGUCAGAUGAGGGACUUGAAUGAGGUGUUGAGAAAAGAGGUCUCACCUUGCCUGGCUGACACACCUCCUCGUCCUCGUCUCCUUGUCUCAGGCUUCUCCUCCGGGAAGCCCUCUCAGCCACCCUGAAGCUGGGUCAGGUGGCCGCCCUGCAUCCUGCGGGCCCCACACCACACUGAGCUUGCGAGCUCACAUCUUUGGUUACACUCGUCACACUGUAUUGUGCCGACUGUUUACUUCUCUGCCUCGCCAUUAGGUUGUGAGCCCCUUGUGUCCUCGGCACAAUUCCUGUCACACUUGUCAAACAGGUGAACAGUAGAGAUGAAACCAGCAUAAAACAUUAGUCCACAGGAUGCCUGUUAAGUGGCCAGGGUGCCAGAGGUGGCCACAGACUUGAUUCUGAACCUCCCAAAGCCAAAGCCAACCUAGUCAGCUGCAGUGAGAUAGACCCACGGUGUGCAGAAGGCAGAAGCCCGCCAGCUGUAUCCCAGGUGUCUUUUGUAUUUGUCUGUACACUCUGCUGCACUGAAAUACCUACGGCUGUCUGUUGCGUUUCUAAAUAAAAUAAAGUUUAUAGUGGAAUAAAAAA